UCUGGAGAUGAGUUUGAGACUUGAAAGUUUUCUCAAUUGCUAGUCCUGGAGCCAGCUCCCAUGUUUCCAACUUUGUAACCCAUAUUAAUUUUAGCUUGCUUUUUACAUUUUAUCGAUCAAUUUUGUGGAAUUUAGAACAUAGAUUGGAUGAAUAAAUAUUCUUCUUGUUAGGUAAUUUCCAAUGAGAUCAUUUUUGCCUCAUGAUUUGGAACACUGAACAAUUUAAAGAAGGAAACUGAUACUCUCUUCGAACAGAUUCUCAGUACCACGUCAGCCCACGUGAUUUUUUCGCAAAAUUAAGGGCAUUUACGGAUUGGAAUCCAUUCAAAGAGUAACAUAGAAAAACAGAGUUUGUUUUUUUCUCGAUGCAUUUCAGUAAUCAAGAAACUGCAAAUGACCCAAAGAAAAGGGUGGUUGCUUUUCUUCUUUCCGUGUUUCGGUUUUAGAUGCAAAUUAAGGUGUAGGCUUAUAGCUUUGGUUUUUUAUUGACUUACCUUCCUUAACAAUUUUACUAGUCUACUGUUGGCCAGCUGCCAUGUACAUGUGCCUUACCUUUACCUUUUGCUUCUUGAGACUAGUGAGAAGGUCGUUUAUUUUACGCUCAACUGGAACUUGGAUAUCUGCUUGAAACUUAUUGUUUAUAUUUCUGAAUAGAGUAUGAGUAUUACUGCUUUGUUAAGUAACAGGAAGACAUAUUGAAGCCAAUUCAAACAUUAGGUAGCGGCCUGGAUCUGUUUUCUGCUGUGAUUUCUUUAUCUUUGAUGCAGCUUACUAAUUAAUAUGAUGCAUGAACAUCAGAUGCCCAUUUCGUGAAAACAACAUCCCAAAACCGUGCAGCACUUUGUGUUCUCUGUACUAAUUCCUGAUAAAAUGUUUGGCAUCUAUAUAGCAUCCAUGGAAAUCAUGGAAGCAUUAGGUUGAUUAAAAAAUUGAAAACCAUUGACCAUUUAUCUUAAGGUACUGAACAAGCUUGCAGUAAACUAUAGUAGAAUGCUGGGGGAUAUCUGCCCUAGGAGAUCAAAACUUGAAAUGAAUAGAAAAUAGAAUUCAAGGACUCUGAUCUCAAAAACCUCAAGGCCCCUUUUCUUCAGCUUUGCUUAUCGAUUAAAAUGUCUCCUGAGUCAACCUCACCCCUCUCUCUUACCCAGAAAGAGCUUUCAGGUUCAAGUCUCAGGUACUGUUUACUCUUAUGCAUCGCUUACUCUAAUUACCCAUCUUCUCAAUCUCAUAACUGGUUGUGCAGUUAGAAUGUUUUUCGGAUUCUUGUUAAAUAUUGUUUGCUGGGUUACUGUGAUUUGAGUAUGUUAUAGCACUUUGAUUUUAUAUUUGUAUUAUUUGAAAUUAUAGCUUGGAUUUCUAAAGUAGUUAUAGGACUGUUACCAUCCUUCUUGCUCACUGAGAAUACCUGAGAACCUCUGAUUUAUCAACCUCCAAAAGCUGGAGAUGGCAAGAGCAAGCGUUUUCUUAAAGUUCAGAACACGGAGAUGGGUUAAUGGGCUAAUCUUUAUAUUGGGUAUCCUUGCUCUUCUCAUCUGUGGUUCGACUUUGUCAAGAUUCUACUCUGUAAGAUCUCUUAUGGUUACUGAUACCUUCAGCAACAGCAUAAAUCCCGAGAGCCAAGGCAUGACCCAAAGUGAAGUGAGAAUAACUGUUGAAACUGUCAUUCAGAAAAUCCAGCAAGAAUUGAAAGAGAUGAGGGAAUUAUCAAUGGAGUCGUCAUCAUCAUCAUCACCUUGUUCUUCGGCUAUGUUGAAAUUCAGUGCUGUCCUUGCAGACAUUCUGGGGCAUAUCGAAUCAGUACAAGCAUCUCUACCAGUGACUGAAGGAAUAUGUCAACAAAGUGCAGAAAUCAAAGGUGUCCAUCCUCUGUUAAAACCAAAACUACAGUCUGAUGAGCCCUCCAGUUACUUCCUGGUAGAAGAGAUUCGGAAAUAUGUCAAGAUAAAACCCAAUAGACUGGGGAAGCAGAACUUCAUGGGAGCUAAUGGGACCUUCACAAGUAUUGGUCAUGCCUGUUUUUCUAUGAAGAAAAAACUUGAAGAUUACAUGGAUUACGACAUUGGGGAUAUCUGCCAAGAUGACUGGAAACUAGCUCAGCUGCUAAUGGUUCAUGGGUGUGAUCCAUUACCAAGGAGGAGGUGCUUCGCCAGAGCUCCACAACUCUUCAGCAAGCCGUUCCCCAUCAAUGAAUCCAUGUGGAAGCUCCCUGAUGAUCGAAAUGUCCGAUGGAGUCAGUACAGAUGCAAGAACUUCACUUGCCUUGCCAGCAAUUCCACUGGCAAAGGGUUCUUCAAGUGUGCGGAUUGCUUCAAUCUUUCCCAUCAUGAAAUGCCCAGAUGGAUUCAGCUCAUAAAUCUAGACCCCAGCUCAAAUCUGACUUCAGACUUUCUUAUACCUGAUGUGCUUGAUAUCAAGCCUGGAGAGAUCAGAAUUGGAUUGGACUUCAGCGUAGGAACCGGGACUUUUGCAGCAAGGAUGAGAGAGUUCAAUGUAACAGUAGUCUCUGCAACCAUCAAUCUUGGGGCACCCUUCAGCGAAAUGAUCGCCCUCAGAGGACUCGUCCCUCUUUACUUAACGAUAAAUCAACGACUCCCCUUCUUUGACAACACUCUAGAUUUGAUCCACACAACAAGAUUUCUUGAUGGGUGGAUUGAUUUUGUGCUUCUGGAAUUUGUGUUGUAUGAUUGGGACAGGGUUUUGAGGCCAGGAGGUUUGCUGUGGAUUGACAGCUUCUUCUGUUUGAAGGAAGAUUUGGAUGAUUAUCUGGAUGCCUUUAGGAUGCUGAGGUACAAGAAGCAUAAAUGGGUAGUUGUCCCAAAGCUGGACAAAGACGAUCGAGAGGUGUUCUUUUCUGCUGUUCUGGAGAAGCCACCAAGACCAUUUGGAUAAGUCAUGUGUACAUGUGUAUUUGAAUAUGAUCUCAAUAUUCUUAUUGUCAGUUUCAUAUCUUGAAUGCUUACUGCCCGCUGAUAGU